AUGUCUUCCAAUCUUGUUCAGUUUGUGCCAUUUUCAUCGGCUGUUGAAGCACCAUUUUGGCAUACUCUAUCCACGCGUAAAAUUGAUCUGUAUAAAUUAGACGAUGCACCACAAAACAUUUUAGGAUAUUAUUCCGUUGGUUAUUCUCUACGAUCACAGCAUGCCACCGAAGCUAACAUUACCAUGCCAGCUCGCCUAUAUCUCGGAACCGGGGCUUUCGAUACUAAUACUACGUCGUUUUCUUUCUUACCACCUUUCACCUAUCCUUCACCUGGCGCAAUAAAGAAUACCAACACUAUAGAAGAAUUCAAAACACUUGAUAAGACUGCAUUGUUCAGAGGGACUGCUGAACAAAUUUGGCAAGAUAUCAUUUCCGGUGCUGCUGUAAAAGAUCCUUACCUUCUUACACGGUUUAUCCUUGUCACCUUUGCUGAUUUGAAAAAAUAUAAAUAUUAUUACUGGUUUGGGUUCCCUGCAUUACUCACUGAACCACCAUGGAUUAUUGUAAAUAAUGAAGUCAAAGGUAUUGAUGAAGUAUGGGAUAGUACAGAGAUCAAGUCUUUGAAGGAAAAUUAUGAUAAAUUCAGAGAAGUACAGUCUGGUUCAUGCACGGGAUUCUUCCUUAUUAAACAACUUAGCAAUAAAGAAAUAGCAAUUGGUAAUUUGUCGGAAUGGGACACAUUUUUUGAUGGAUGCAAUGAUGAAGAGAAAAUAGUAGGGUUCGCCGAUCCAUCAAGCUUACCUACCAAUCCCGGGUGGCCUCUUCGUAAUCUUUUAGUAUUACUGAAACGUCACUGGAAUGUGAAUAAAAUUAAAGUGAUAUGUUAUAGAGAAAUCCCUAGUAAAAAGGAUAUUUCAAACAGUCGUAUUUUGACUGUAGAAAUCCCUGAUACGACAGUAAUGCCUGAUGAAUGUCCAAAAGCUGUAGGAUGGGAAAAAAAUUUAUUAGGUAAACUUGGACCCCGCACUGUUGAUCUUGCCCAUAUGAUGGAUCCAAUAAAACUUUCUGAUACCUCCGUUGAUUUAAAUUUAAAGCUAAUGCGAUGGCGUAUAGUUCCUGAUUUGCAGUUAGAAAAAAUUAAGGAUACAAAAUGCCUAUUGCUUGGCGCCGGGACACUCGGUUGUAAUGUCGCCAAGUGUUUGUUGGGAUGGGGUGUUCGACAUAUAACCUUUGUCGAUAACGCGCGUGUUUCUUUUUCCAAUCCUGUCAGACAAUCAUUAUUCUUUUUUGAAGAUUGUUUAGAAGGUGGUAAACCAAAGGCAAGCGCUGCUGCGGAAAAUUUGAAGAAAAUACAUCCUAGUGUUGUAAGCGAAGGUCAUGAUAUUAGUAUUCCGAUGCCAGGUCAUCCUAUUACUUCGGAGUCUCAAGUCAAGGCUGAUGUGGAAAUGCUCAUACAACUUAUUGAAUCUCAUGAUGUCAUAUUUUUAUUAAUGGAUAGCAGAGAGAGUAGAUGGUUACCCACAUUAUUAGGUGCAAAUAUGCGUAAGCUCGUUAUAAAUGCCGCCUUAGGGUUUGAUACCUACGUGGUAAUGCGACACGGUGUAAAAGAUGAUUCAGAGUGCCAAACAACUAGCUCUUCUGAUAAAGCAAUGCCGUCAGUGAAACAGCUAGGUUGCUAUUUCUGUAACGAUGUAGUAGCGCCAACAGAUUCUCUCAAGGAUCGUACCCUUGAUCAACAAUGUACAGUGACCCGGCCUGGUUUAUCAGCUAUUGCUUCUGCAUAUGCUGUCGAACUAAUGGUGUCUGUCCUACAUCAUGAGAAAGGUCCGGCUGCCCCCGCUGAUACGAAUGCCGAACCAACCUCUUAUUCUGAUUUUUCUUCAUCGUCGCCUUUGGGAAUUAUACCACAUCAAAUGCGGGGAUUUUUAACCCAUUUCAAUAAUAUGAUUGUUGUGGGACAAGCUUAUGAACGUUGUACGGCUUGUUCAGAAGCAGUGCUAAAUGAAUAUAAAACAAAUGGCUUCGAAUUUUUGAAACGUGCUUUUAAUUCUCCUGCUUGUCUGGAAGAAGUAACCGGAUUAACAAAAUUACAUCAGGAAAGUGAAGUCGCUGAUGAUUUUGAUUGGGAUGAAGAAGAUACUGAAUUAUAA